AUGGCUAAGGAAAUCAUUGCUUUGGAAGCCAACAAUACUUGGAUAUUAGUAGAUUUACCACCUGCUAUUAAGGAAUGGUCUCUUCAUCAACUUGAUGUCAACAAUGCGUUUCUUCAAGGUGAUUUGGAUGAAGAAAUUUACAUGAAGAUUCCACCAGGUAUCGCACGUCCAGGUGAGUCCAAAGUUUUCAAACUCAAAAAGUCUCUCUAUGGUUUAAAGCAAGCCUCUCGUCAAUGGUUUGCGAAACUUUCUUCAGUUUUGUUAUCUGAAGGUUUUACUAAAUCCUUAUGUGAUAAUUCUCUUUUCACAUAUCAUCAUGGUACAACCUCUAUAUUUGUUCUUGUCUAUGUUGAUGAUAUUAUCAUCACUGGUACAGAUAAUAACUUCAUUAAUUCUCUAAAAUUGCGUCUCGCUUCUCAUUUUUCAAUCAAGGACCUUGGUUGUUUGAAGUAUUUUUGGGGCAUUGAAGUUUCUCGCUCAUCCAAGGGCAUAUUUCUAUGUCAAAUAAAAUAUAUUCUUGAUAUAUUUAAGGGUUCGGGCCUCACAGGGGCUCGUACAUCAGCUUUUCCAAUGGAUUCAAAACUCAAGUUGCUUCCUACAGAUGGUACUGAAUUGACUGAUCCAAGCUGCUUUCGUCGUUUAAUAGGUCGUUUUUUAUAUCUUACGGUAACACGACUAGAUAUCACAUACUUAGUAAAUUAUCUGAGUCAAUUUUUGCAACAUCCAAGAUCAACUCAUAUGGAUGCUGCUCAUCGUAUUCUAAGAUAUCUCAAGGGAACCAUUGGACAUGGAAUAUUCUUGACCUCAUCCAGUUCUCCUUCUAUUCAUGGUUACACAGACUCUGAUCGGGCAGGCUGCCCAAUUACUCGUCGUUCUACCACUGGAUAUUUUGUUACCUUUGGUAAUAGUCCAAUUUCUUGGAAAUCAAAAAAACAGCCUACUGUGGCUCGUUCAUCAGCUGAAGUUGAAUAUCGUGCUUUGGAAAAUAUAACUGCUGAGCUUCAAUGGUUAGUUUAUCUCUUCAAAGACAUGCACAUUUCUUGUCCUCUUCCUAUCACUGUUUCUUGUGAUAGUCAAGCAGCAAUUCAUAUUGCUCAAAAUCCGGUAUUUCCCGAGCGUACUAAACACAUCGAGAUUGAUUGCUAUUUUGUUCGUGAAAAGUUAAUAAGUGGAUUGAUUCUACCAAAACAUCUUCCGUCGUCUGAUCAACUGGCUGAUGUUUUCACUAAGCCUUUGGGAGCUCCGCAAUUUGGUCGUCUAGUUGGCAAGUUGGGCGUUCGUUCAGGCUCUACCACUCCAACUUGA